GCGGUCUUGAUGCGGCCCUCUCAUCCUAUCCCCGUGCUCGUGGCUCUCUCCAGACACCGUCUAAAGGCGGGGAAGACACUAAACCGCCCAUGAUGUUGUGUGAGUGCCGUGGCCAUUUCAAACGAGAAUGGGGCACACAGGCUGCUCAAGAGUGUUUUGGCAAGAAGGGAGUUAUGGUGGCAAGGAAGGAGCGGCAGAACGGGCAGGAGGCUGUUGCGCGUGGGGGUGGGAAUAUGGCGGGAGGGGCAGGAGGGGUAUGCGUGAGUUUCCCUCGUGUGCACGCGGAUUGGGCACACAGGCUGAUGAGGAGGAGCGAGCUGGCAGAGGCAGAGGGGGGGAGACAGGUGUGGUGGGAGGGGAAGGUGCAGCGGGGCCUACAGUUACGAAAGGAAGGGCAGGAGGGGCAGGAGGUCCGUGGCCUGCCUGGUGGACCUCUUGCUGCCCCACCGGGCUUCAUUUCCUGCGUGUCAGAGAUGGUGGUGGGAGCGAGAUGGUGGUGGGAGCGAGAUGGUGGUGGGAGUGAGAUGGUGGUGGGAGCGAGAUGGUGGUGGGAGCGAGAUGGUGGUGGGAGCGAGAUGGUGGUGGGAGCGAGAUGGUGGUGGGAGCGAGAUGGUGGUGGGAGCGAGAUGGUGGUGGGAGCGAGAUGGUGGUGGGAGCGAGAUGGUGGUGGGAGCGAGAUGGUGGUGGGAGCGAGAUGGUGGUGGGAGCGAGAUGGUGGUGGGAGCGAGAUGGUGGUGGGAGCGAGAUGGUGGUGGGAGCGAGAUGGUGGUGGGAGCGAGAUGGUGGUGGGAGCGAGAUGGUGGUGGGAGCGAGAUGGUGGUGGGAGAAGGCCCUCAGAGUCGUUGUGA